UUCGCGCGCGCGCUCGAGAGAGAGAGAGAAAAAAAACUCCCAAAGGCGCGCUUGUCCCUCCGGCUCCUAUACCUGCACACACGCGGUUCGCCUCAGAAGUACGUUAUCGAGUAAUCGCGGCGGGCUCCUUUUGUCCUUUUGUUUGCCCGUCUCCUCUUGGUGAUUAAAUUUUGACUUUGUUUUGAAACGUUUUAAUUCAGAAGAUGAACAAAACAGUGAUUGGAUACUUGACAGAUAAGUAGUUUUUCCUUCAGCUUUUGGGUAUAUAGUAUCGUCGUGGUGUCGAUCGAUUAAAAAUCGGCAAAUACGUAAGCAUCGAUCGGCAGCGUACCAGGGGAAAAAAAAAAAAAAUGUUGCGUCGAACGAUGGAAACUCUGGCAGCUGAGGUCAGCCGUAGUGUUCGGCCUUACGCCGAAAUGCCGGGUCCCACGCCCAUACCUCUGUUGGGCAAUACCUGGAGAUUUAUACCUUUCAUCGGUGACUUCAAGAUCCACGAGGUGGACAAAGUGUCGCGGCGGCUGCACGAGGAGUACGGCGACAUAGUGAAGGUCGAGGGUCUCCUCAACCGGCCGGACAUGGUUUUUGUUUACGACGCGGACGAGAUCGAGCGCAUAUUCCGCCAGGAGGAGAAGAUGCCCCACAGGCCCAUGAUGCCGUCGUUGCAUGCUUACAAGCACUGCUUGAAACGAGACGUCUUUGCCGGCAAUCCGGGGGUCAUUGCUGUUCACGGAGAGGGCUGGUAUAAUUUCCGCAGCAAAGUGCAGCAGGUGAUGCUGCAGCCGCGCACCGCGCGCAUGUACAUCGGUACGAUAGACGAGGCGAGCCAGGCGCUUCUCGACAGGAUUGAAAGGAUCAAAGACGGGGCCAACGAGGUGCCGGGAAACUUUCUGAACGAGCUGCACAAGUGGGCCCUGGAGUCAAUCGCAAGAGUGGCCCUUGACGUGAGGCUCGGCUGCCUCGACGAGGAGGACGCGCCACCCGAGACCCAGAGACUGAUCAACGCGGUGCUGCAGUUUUUCAAGAACGUCGGCCCCCUCGAGCUCAAAAUACCCUGGUGGAAGUACUUCCCUACCCCAACCUGGAGACAAUACAUCAACGCCCUGGACGUUAUUCUCAGCACCACCUCGAAAUACACGAACAUAGCACUGGAGAGGGCAAAGCUGUCGGGCAAGGCAAAGGACGAGCUCUCGCUGUUGGAGCGCGUUUUGCAAAUCGAGGGAAACACCCAGUUGGCUACCAUAUUGGCCUUUGACCUAUUUUUAGUUGGCAUCGAUACGACCUCGAACUCGGUCGCAUCGAUACUCUAUCAGAUGGCCCAACACCCGGACAAGCAGGACCUACUGUACGAGGAGCUAAAGAGAGUCUUGCCGGCAGACGGACACGUCGAGACCGGGCACAUAGAUCAGCUCAAGUAUCUCAAAGCUUGCGUUAGAGAGACUCAAAGAAUGUACCCCGUGGUGAUCGGCAAUGGGCGUUGCAUGACGAACGAUACCGUCAUCGGUGGCUAUCAGGUGCCCAAAGGAGUGCACGUGGUCUUCCAACACUACGUGAUCAGCAACACGGAGCGCUACUUCCCGCGCAGCUCCGAAUUUUUGCCCGAGCGUUGGAUCGGCUCCGGAACCCUCGAAGCCCCGGCUCCCCGUCACGCCUUCGCAUCCCUGCCUUUCGGCUACGGCAGGCGCAUGUGCCUCGGCCGACGAUUCGCCGACCUCGAGAUCAUUAUCGUUCUCAGCAAGAUAUUCCAGAGAUACCGCGUGGAGUACCACCACGAGAAACUGGAGUACUACAUCGAUCCGAUGUACACGCCGAGGGGACCGUUGAAAUUUAGAUUCGUCGAAAGGUGAAAGUGCAAGUAAAAAUCAAACGACAGUAUACAUAUGCAUAUAAGUAACAAUCAGUACACUAUAUAAUAUCCUCAUCAACUAUAAUAGUUACGUAUACAAAUAUCUGUGUAUAAAUAAUUGUAGAGGGCUAGGGCGAACACAAACAUUUUGCUACGCUACACAUAUAUCAUAUAAAUCUAGUAUAUGUAUUAUACACAUUGCAAGUAAUUUUUGUACAAUAUAAUGCCAACAUAUGGUUUCGAGCUUUUUUUAUGUCAAUCCUGUAUGAAUGUAAACUCAUACAUACAUACAUAUAUUAUAUGUUGAAUAAAUUUUCAUCCGCUUUAA